AGCUGUUAUGGGUCAUGAGCUUCCAUUUUAACUUGAAAAAAAAUAUAUGGCUUUAAAACCCCCAAACUCUGGGCUUUAGGUAUCCAAGAUGGCUUCGCAAACUGCAAUAGGAAUUCUUCUGGGUGCUCCAGCGCAAGAGUUGCUGAGAUUCAUCAUAGUUAACAUGAAUAAGGCCAUUCAUUUCAAAACUUAUCUUGAAAAGCUUCAAUUAACUCUCGAAAGCAUCACACCUGUGAUCAAUGAAGUGCGUCGUUUGAAUGCUGUGUUAACAGAUCGCCCUAGAUCAGAUAUCGAAAGAUUGAAGGCAGAGUUAGAGAAUGGGAAAGAGCUUGUAAUAAAGUGUUGGACCGUCCCAUCUUGGAACUACUUCAAGAGGUUAAGGUAUUCGAAGAAAAUCCUCAAAUUUGAUAAGAAUUUACGGCGGUUCUUCAAAAUGGAAGUGCCGGCGGAUAUCUGGCUUGGCUGUAAACAGAUUCUGGUAGAAAUGGGGGAGAUGAUGAGGAAUUUCGAUAGGAUGAGUAUGAGGAGAGUGGAGGAUUCAUUCUCUGCUGCGCCUGAGAUACCGGACAUGACUUUUGGAUUAGAUGUUCCUCUGAAGGAAUUGAAGAUGCUGCUGUUUAGAGAUGAUGUGAGGGUUCUUGGGUUGUGUGCUCCUGGAGGUUGUGGGAAGACCACGUUGGCUUCCGUGCUUUGCCGAGACAGAGAUGUGUCAAGCAGGUUCAAGAAGAUAUACUUUCUUACAGUUUCAAGUUCACCCGACUUUAAGGUGAUAGUACAGAAACUAUCAGAACAGAUGUUUCCAACACGUCCAGUACCCCAUUUUGUAAGUGAAGGAGAAGCAAUUCUGAAGCUGGGAAACUUGAUGACGCUGAUGGAAACAGAGCCAACACUGUUGGUUCUUGAUGAUGUUUGGGAGGACUCAGUUGUUCGGAAAUUUUUCAUUGGAAAAGUAAACUAUAAGAUUCUAGUCACUUCAAGAACUCAAUGUCAGGCCUUUGAUUAUAAAUAUUCUUUGAAAAUGCUCAACGAUGCAGAUGCCAUGGCUCUCUUCUGUCACUCGGUAUUUCCUCAAAAUGAGAAACUAAACUAUGAGGAGCCUGACAGGGAGCUUCUAAUUAAGAUAGUGAGAGGUUGCAAGGGACUCCCACUGGCUCUUAAGGUGAUUGGCCAUUCAUUGCAUCAGCAACCUGCCAAAGUGUGGCAACAAAAAGAGAGGAUGAUGUCAAGUUGCUCCAUUUUUAAGUCCCACAGUGAUUUGCUGAGUUGUCUUGCUACCAGCUUAGAUUUCUUGACUGAGGAGGUGCAAGAGUGCUUUAUGGACUUGGGUUCCUUUCCUGAAGAUGAAAGAAUCCCCGCUUCAUCUCUUAUAGAUAUUUGGGUUGAACUUUAUGGAAUAGAUGAAGUGGAUGCUUACAUCAACCUUCUUGAACUUUCCACUCUAAAUCUUGUUAGUCUGAUUGAAUUUACCAGCGGCGAUGCAGGACAGAUUGAUGGUAACUUGAAUGGACUAUUUGUUACCCAGCAUGAUCUGCUCCGAGACUUGGCUAUCUACCAAAGCCAGCAGAAGAGUACAAGAUUAAUCAUGAAAAGAAGAGAAGAGAGCCUUCCCUGGAGAUGGAGCAAAGAAGAACACCAGUUUCAGAAUGCUCGCCUUGUCUCUAUCCAAACAGGUGAAAUGUCUUCCUCUAACUGGUACAAUAUGCAUUUUCCUGAAGCUGAGGUGUUAAUUCUGGAUUUCUCUGCGACAAAGUACACUUUACCCCCAUUUGUUGAGAAAAUGGAGAAGCUGAAGGUUCUAAUCAUCAUAAACCGUGGCCGCCACUGUACCCAGCUGAAUUAUUUGACUAAACCUGGUUGCUUGUCCACUUUACGGAGAGUUAGGUUACAAAAGGUUGUGGUCCCUUCCCUAAAUGAAAUUGGAAUGCCAUUGAAAGACUUGCAGAAGAUAUCAUUGUUCAUGUGUGAGGUUGGCCAAGCCUUGAGGAGCUACGACCUCAAUUUCCCAUACAUGUUGCCAAAUCUUGUGGAGGUCAACAUUGACUAUUGCAAUGAUCUUGUGAAAUUGCCCCAAGGGAUCUGCGAUCUCGUCCACCUACAGAAGCUCAGCAUAACCAACUGUCAUGAUUUAUUAGCAAUGCCUGAGGGAAUUGGAUCUAUAAGAGAUUUAGAGGUGUUAAGGCUCCAUGCUUGUACAGGAUUGGCAGAGUUACCAAACACAAUACAAAAACUCCAGAAGCUAAGGUUUCUUGAUAUAUCAGAGUGUUUGAGCAUGGAGAGGCUGCCUGAAGGGAUGGGUGAGUUGCAUGGUUUGGAAAAGCUGGACAUGAGACAGUGCUUGGGACUGAGGGAAUUGCCUACUUCUAUCAUGAAACUUGUGGAUUUAAAGGAUGUGAUCUGUGAUGAUGAGACUGCUCAUCUUUGGCAACCUUUCCAAUGCCAUUUACAUAAACUUAAAAGUGAGAAGCCUAAAGACAUCAACCUGUUCUGGCUUGGGGUUGAUCUCAAUAGCCCCAGCUGCCUACACCCUUGAUGUUCUCUCUCUUUAAAUUUGGAAAGGUAGGGGGGGAUUUCUCUUCUGCACUUCAUCUUGG